AUGGCUCUAAAUUACUAUGAGGAAGCAGUGGAUCAAUAUGUGCAUGUUGGUCCAAUUCGUUUCGCAUAUCGGAGAUUCGGUGCCGAAACAGGCAUUCCUCUCACUCUCCUCAUCCACUUUAGGGGCACAAUGGAUCAUUGGGAUCCAAAAUUCAUCAACCCGCUCGCCGCCACUCGCCCCAUCAUCCUGAUUGACAAUGCCGACAUUGGAAAAUCAGACGGCGAGGUCCCAUUGGCCAUCGCAGGCUGGGCGCAAAAUGUUACCAAUGUUCUCAACGCAAUCAAAGUGAAGCAGACCGACCUCUUCGGUUUCUCAAUGGGAGGGUUCGCUGCUCAGCUCGUCACACUCAAUGCCCCGCAACUCAUUCGUCGGCUCGUACUAGCAGGCACGAGUGCCAGCAUGGGUGAAGGAGUUGUCCCUCCAAACCAAGACCCGUCAGUUCUGGCACUGAAAGAUGCCGAGACCGACGAGGACCUGCGCCAGGCCUACAUUACAGCCUUCUUCGGCGGAUCGAAGACGUCUUCAAAGGCCGGAGGUGAGGUGUGGGACCGUAUCGUCGCUGCUAGAAAGAACAGAUCCAAGUUCCUUGGGGUUGAAGGGACCAACAGGCAAUUUGGCGCCUUUGGCAACUUCCUCGACCCGGGCCAGGCUAAGGACGGCUCUUUUAACCGGCUCCAUGAGAUUAAUAUCCCCGUCCUGGUUGCAACCGGGAGCAAUGACGCUGCCAUCCCAACUCACAACAGCUACGUUUUGUGGGAGAACUUGACCAGCUCCAAGGCACAGUUGCACCUCUACGCGGAUUCGGGGCAUGGGUUCUUGUUUCAAUACGCAACUGAAUUCUCCAGGCUAAUUGGUGAAUUCUUGGACAGCGUUUAG